AUGAACGUCGAAUUUCUUCUCCCCGAGGCACAUCAAAAUGACGACGAUGAUGUAGAAAUGCCAGAUGUCAGUGAUAAGUUUGUUACUCCAGGAGAAACAAUCAGUGUCAAUGCUCAGUAUAUGAGGAGUCACGGAACAUUCUCGGACGAAAAGGACGGGAUAAUAAAAUCGUCUCUUGCAGGAAAAGUCGAGAUUGUUAACAAGUUAAUCUCCGUGCGCACAGUGCAUUCGCGUUAUAACGCAGAAAUAGGCGACUUGAUCGUUGGGCGAAUAACAGAGGUUGCUCAAAAACGAUGGAAAGUCGAUAUCAAUUCUAGGCAGGAUGCUGUAUUGCUCUUAUCGGCCAUUAACCUCCCUGGGGGCGUUAUGAGACGGAAAACAGAGGAAGAUGAAUUGCAGAUGCGUGAAUAUUUUUCAGAUGGAGACAUCCUAGCGGCGGAAGUUUCGGGAACCUUUCAAGAUGGUGCAGCAUCUAUACAAACAAGAAAUCACAAAUAUGGCAAGCUGAAAAACGGUUCAUUUGUGAGCGUUCCUCCAUCUCUGGUCCAACGCUGCAAGACACACUUUCAUGUUUUGUCGUGCGGUGUCGAUGUUGUACUUGGAUUGAAUGGAUAUAUAUGGGUUUGCAAACAUACUCCUCCACUUCAAGAUGUAGAUUUGGAGGCUAUCUAUUCGAAUGAGAAUGAGCCGAUCAGCGAUACAACAAGAGAAUCAAUAGCUCGGGUAUGCAAUUGUAUCACUUCCCUCGCUCGAAAGUUCAUGAUCAUUAAUGAUUCUAGUAUUACUCUCGCAUACGAAGCAUCAUUUGAGACGCAGAAUGUUGAUUAG